UGGAGCAUUCGUGUGCCAAAAGAACAAUGUUCUACAAAUGAUCCCAAAAGAAAAAGUCAGUCAGUGUAAAAGAGCAAUUAAGAUUGAGCAGAGGCAAAGAGUAGUCUACUUGACUAUUCUUCACAAUCAUGACAAGUAGACAUCAACAAAUUAUCUCUUUAAAACACAUAUCAUGUGUAAGUAGCAUUUAUAUUAAAAAAAAAAAGAUAAUGUACAACUGACUUUUUAUUUUUUAAUAGUCAUAUACCUUGUCUUUCAGAAUGUUUUCAGUUGUGGAAUUCACCUCAGAUCACAGUGUAGCUGUAAUUCCUGAUGCAUGGAAAGAAAAAAUAGACCAGGACAUCUAUUGCUACUGGCCACCCAACAAUGUCCAAAGUCUAUUGAAAAAAAGGUCUUUGCCUGACAAAAUAAAGUGGAACAGACUACAAGUCCACAGAGUUUUUAAAUCCUCAGUUGACUACAUGACAGCCCAAAAGCUCAUGAGAAAAGCUCAAAUCACCUCGUGUCCUGAACUCUCAGACUCCUCCAUCACUGAGAAAAGGCCAACCAGGCUGAAGAGACCACCUUUACGCCUUUUAGAGUCAGAUAGUGAUAUCACAGAUAUUGAAGACAGUAAUAUCAAUACCAGGCCACCAGCAAAAAUACCAACCCUGCCCUCUCCACCGAGAACAAUGGAGCCAAGAAGGAACUCAGCCAAAACACCUGAGCCGUUACAGACAUGUGGGGGUCUUGACAGCUUACCAAGAGCGGGAUUUUGUGGGGGCUACAGAGCAGCUAUCAGUACCAAUAGUACUUAUUCAAUGAGGCCACAACAUUUAGAUUUCUGCAAUACACCAGCCUGGGAUGUCCAGAGUGAAGGACAUAGGGUCAUGGCACAUCAGUUCGAAGCGUAA